AUGGGGAAAUCAAAGACUUUUGCGCAGCACAUUGCUGAGUUGGAAGAUCCACUACCACAAGAUUUUGAUCCAGAAGAGGAUGCCCCAGUCCAGGAUACCGACAGCAGUGGCUCCGAGGAGAGCGAGGAUGAAGCAGCUGGUACCGAACAUUAUGUUAAAGUCGGGAAGAGCAAGCUGCGCAAACUAGACGAAGUUGCCCUGGGACCUGAAUACUCCGGAUCGCGAGUCAGUCGUGAAGCUUUACUGAAUGAUGACAGCGACGAGGAUGAAGAAGGAGAGGAGCAGGCUUCUGACUCCGAAGCUGAAAAUGAUGCGAAUGUGCGAUUCGCAGACCCCGAAGAUUCGGAGUUGGAUAUGGAAGUGGAUGAGGAUGGUGACAUCGAUAGUGACAAUGCUUUUGGGGAAGGGGAGAUCGACAAUGAGAAAUUCAAAAGCUUUACGUUUCGAGGGAGUGGCAAGCCUAGGGAGUCCAAGGGGGCCAAGAAGAUGAGGCCUACGGCAUCGGAUUUUAUGUCCGGGAGUGAAGACGAGGAGGAGGGAGCUGGUGUCGCUCUCAACAAUGAUGAUUCUGAUGAGCCAGAGACGGAGGAGGAUCUUUUAGAUGUAGAUGAGCAGCAUGAGGAUGCUUCGGAAGACGAAAGAUCAAGUGAGGAGGAUACCGCUGAAGACGAAGAGGACGACUCCGAAUCUAGUGAGGACGACAAGAGUGAAGCCGACGAGAACGAAGAUGAGAGACGAGCUGAACUGCGCAAAAUAAUGGGAGAGGAGCAACAAAGUGUUGUCGCAUCAAUCACCCAAGCCGCAAAGGCCGAUGCCGCCAAAGGGAACGCUGUCAAGGAUCAAAGGAAAGCUUUCGACUCGCUGCUUGGUGUCCGCAUGGUUCUACAGAAAGCUCUUAUUGCUACAAAUUCCAUGGCAACAGUUGACGAGAACGACUCGGAAGAUGCGUUGAACCAGCCAUACGAAGCAGCAGAAGAGGCGGCCAUCAAACUAUGGAACACACUCGACGGAAUUCGACACGAGCUAUCAAAAGCCGGCUCUGCUAAAACAGGACAGAAACGAAAGCGCGAUGUAGAAUCAUCUACUCCGUCUUCUGAUCUCUGGGAACGGAUGCAAGCUUCCGAAGUAGCUAUGAUCGAUUCUCGGCAGACCACGCUGGAGAAAUGGUCCUCUAAAGUCAGAGGCACGACAUCCCUACCCCUCUCCCGGAAGCUUAACCCGACAGCGCCGCAGCAGUCCAUCACAUCGCUCCUUCAAGAUCAGCUUGCCAGCUCGGAGCACCUCAUCCAAAAGACGAAGAUCCCGAGAGCGUGUGCGCCGAUCCAACGGGAUGCCAAACUUACCGAGGAUCCAAACAUCUACGACGACGGCAAUUUCUACCAGAUGCUCCUGAAAGAACUCGUGGAUCAGAGAAGAGUAGAAUCUUUGACAGCGCCUGCUGCUGGCAAGGCAUUGCAGUGGACAGCUGUCAAGGAGGUGAAGACGAGGAAGAACGUCGAUACGAAGGCGAGUAAGGGGAGAAAAAUGCGGUUUACCGUGCACGAAAAGUUGCAGAACUUCAUGGCGCCGGAGAACAGAGGGACCUGGGCACCAGAGGCUGUUGAUUCAUUCUUUGGAAGUCUGUUAGGACAGAGACUGAACCUUGGUGAGGAGGAUGAGGACGAGGACAUGGAGGAGGAAGUUAACCCUAUGGAAGCUCUGGUAUUUGGGCAUUGA